GCUACGGUUGUUGAAAGAAAACCCCAGAGUGACCCACCCUCAGAACAUGUAAUAUCCUCCUGCUUCACACUACACCACCAUGCCAACCGCAGGGCUCUGUCGCACUCUGCAGGACUCUGGGUCUCCCUUCUGGAUCAUUCUGCUGCUGUUCUUGGACAUGGUGACCCCAGGGGUCCUGGCCAGCCCCCGGUUCCCUCCGUCAGCCAAGCGGGAGAUCACCAUUGACGGUGACGUGGUGAUUGGAGGCUUGUUUCCAGUGCAUGAAAAGGGAGAGGGAGUGGAGGACUGCGGUAAAAUCAAUGAGCAGAGGGGCAUCCAGAGACUGGAGGCCAUGUUGCUGGCACUGGAUGAAAUCAACUCCGACGAUCGUCUCCUCCCCGGACUCAAACUGGGGGCCCAUAUCCUGGACACCUGCUCCAAGGACACCUACGCCCUGGAGCAGUCCCUGGAGUUUGUGAGAGCCUCUCUCACUAAAGUGCAUGAGCCAGGCUUCAUCUGCCCUGAUGGCUCCAACCCCAUUCAGGAUGACGUGCCCCUUGCCAUUUCUGGAGUCAUCGGGGGCUCGUACAGUGACGUAUCCAUUCAGGUGGCUAACCUGCUCCGGCUCUUCCAGAUCCCUCAGAUCAGCUAUGCCUCCACCAGCGCCAAGCUAAGCGACAAGACCCGCUACGACUACUUCGCCCGCACCGUGCCCCCGGACUUCUACCAGGCCAAGGCCAUGGCGGAGAUCCUGCGCUACUUCAACUGGACCUACGUGUCCACCGUGGCCUCGGAGGGUGACUACGGCGAGACAGGAAUCGAUGCCUUCCAGCAGGAAGCCCGUGCGCGCCAAAUCUGCAUCGCCACUUCUGCUAAGGUCAGCCGCUCCAUGAGCCGUGUGAGCUACGACAACGUGAUCCGCUCGCUGCAGCAGAAGUCUAACGCCAAGGUGGUCAUCCUGUUCACCCGCAGCGAAGACGCAAGGGAGCUGCUGGUUGCGGCCGCUCGCAUGAACGUCAGCUUCACCUGGGUGGCCAGCGAUGGCUGGGGGGCCCAGGAGAGUGUGGUGAGGGGCAGUGAAGCCGCAGCAGACGGAGCCUUUACCAUCGAGCUGGCCUCGUACUCCAUCAGGGAGUUUGAAGAUUAUUUCACCAAGCUAAACCCAUACACCAACCGGCGUAACCCCUGGUUUGAGGAGUUCUGGGAGCACCGCUUUGCCUGCAACCUCAGCGAGGCACACUGCACUGAACACAGCCUGAGGGACGGCUUCUUUGAACCGGAGUCCAAGAUCAUGUUUGUGAUGAAUGCUGUCUAUGCCAUGGCCCAUGCCCUGCACAACAUGAGACAGGCUGUUUGCCCCAACUCCACCAAAAUAUGUGAUGCUAUGAAACCAGGAAACGGAAGGAGGUUCUACAGGGAGUUUAUCAUCAAAACCAAAUUUGAUGCGCCCUUCAGACCGGCGGACACCGAAAACAUGGUGCGCUUUGACAGCUACGGUGACAGCCUUGGCCGCUACAACAUCUUCCACUAUCACAAAGAGGAUGAGCGCUUCGUCUACAAGAAGGUGGGCUACUGGUCCCAGGAUCUGACCCUCAAUACCAACCUAGUGUCCUGGAAAGGCCAGGGCCCCCCCACCUCCCAGUGCAGCGACCCCUGUAAGAAGAAUGAGGUGAAGAGCAUGCAGCCUGGAGACGUGUGCUGCUGGAUCUGCAUCCCCUGCCAGCCCUACCAGUACCUGCUGGACGAGUUCACCUGUGCUGACUGCAGCUUCGGUGAGUGGCCCCUGGCCAACCUGACGGGCUGCUACGACCUGCCGGAGGAGUACAUCCGCUGGGAGGACGCCUGGGCGAUCGGGCCGGUCACCAUCUCCUGCCUGGGAAUGCUCUGCACGCUCUCCGUGGUGGGCCUGUUCUUCAAGAACAAUGAGACUCCCGUGGUGAAAGCCAGCGGGCGCGAGCUCUCCUACAUCCUGCUGCUGGGCGUGCUCAUGUGCUACAGCAUGACCUUCAUCUACAUCGCCAAGCCGUCCAUGGCCGUGUGCACGCUGCGCCGCCUCGGCCUGGGCACCUCCUUUGCCGUGUGCUACUCUGCUCUCCUCACCAAGACCAACCGCAUCGCCCGGAUAUUCAGCGGGGUGAAGGACGGCGCCCAGCGGCCCAGGCUCAUCAGCCCCGCCUCCCAGGUGGCCAUCUGCGGAGUGCUGAUCUCCUGCCAGAUGCUGGUGGCUGUGGUGUGGCUCCUGGUGGAGCUGCCGGGGGUCAGAAAGGAGGUGAGCCCCGAGAGGAGGGACGUGGUCACGCUCAAGUGCAACAGCAAGGACUCCAGCAUGCUGCUGUCGCUCACCUACAACUGCAUCCUCAUCAUCCUCUGCACCGUCUACGCCUUCAAGACCAGGAAGUGUCCGGAGAAUUUCAACGAGGCCAAGUUCAUCGGGUUCACCAUGUACACCACCUGCAUCAUCUGGCUGGCCUUCCAGCCCAUCUUCUACGUGACCGCCAGCGACUACAGGGUGCAGACAACCACCAUGUGCAUCUCCGUCAGUCUGAGUGGCUCCGUGGUCCUGGGCUGUCUCUUCGCACCCAAAGUCCACAUCAUCCUGUUCCAACCUCAAAAGAAUGUCACCACGCUCAGGGGCACAGCCAACCGCUUUGGGACCACGCUGUCCGCGUCCGCAUGUGCGUCUGCGCCCGGCUCCAGCUACUCCAAAGGCAGUUCCUCCAACAUCCCCAUACAAGUUCCAGAACUUGGAACUGUCUUGUGUGUUUCUUCAGGCUCGGCCUCUAGUUACGUGCCAGCCGUGUGUAACGGACGUGAGGUGGUGGACUCCACAACGUCUUCAUUGUGAAGAUUGAUCUGAAAUGGUUCCUCCUCCAAGCACAAGCCACUACUCCGUCAUCAAUCACUCCCUCAUGGAGCCGGACUGAUGAUGACACAGCCCCCAUGGCUGGUGUGACAUGGGUGCUCCUGACUGUGAAAUCUAAUAUGUGAGACUAUAAGUAAUGUAUGUACUGUAAAACAUUUUUGUAGAUUUAGCUGGCCGUGGUGUCCUUGGUUUCCAGAUAGAUGUGGUUGAAUGCACUGCACAUUUUUUUUUGUCUGUUUUUGUCAGAGAAGUCUUGUGAAUGAGAUGGUUGUGAAGCAAUCAUGAUGUCUUACAAAAAUGUUAUCCUGUUCUUACAGUGCUGUGAAUAUGAUAUCCAGAUGUUUAUUUCCUGUAACUAAUUCACAAUAAUGACUAAAUGAAAUUGACCCCUUCUUUUCAAAAUUAAAUGACAUUAGCUAAACUGUAGUCAGAGUAAAUAAAACCUAGACGACUACACAGUAUAAAGGACAAUGUUUCAACGUAGAAUUUGGUGAACCAGUUCUUGCUUUUUUGUAAUUUAUGUAAAUAAAAUGUUUUUCUUUUUUAAUUAUUAAAACAUGAGGCCAGUGUAAUUCAUGUGACUUCAACAUAACGUGUAAAAACUGUUACAACUGUUGUAUUUAUACAUCAAGACAUCCCAAGAAAUUCCCCUGAAUAAACUACACUGGACAUCGGUCUCAGCCUACACAACGCCUCAGCCUACACACCUAGGCUCAGCCGACACAACUACUACUAUAUUUUCACUCUUAAAUGUAAAAAAGAAAAAAAAAGGAUUUACAUAGAAUUUUCUUAGUAUAAAAAGUGUAUUUGUCUUAAUAGUUCAUGCAUUCAUGUUAGUCCUAAGGGAACAAGCCAUGCUAUAAUAACAGGCACUUUUCACCCCCCGGUACCUGCCAGAAAGUACUUUAUUUUCUCCAUCCGGUGCGAUGUCGGUAUAGAUGGAGUAAGCUGUUAAAAGGAUUUCCUUUUCAAUUGUGACAUCUCAAGGGAUUCCCAUGCCACAACCCAUAGGGCAAGCAGCCUAGUCAAAAGAACACAGGUCUGUACAAGUGAUAAAAUCAUG